GUGAGCUAUCGGUUAAGGUGAGCUAUCGGUUAAGGUUAAGGUGAGCUAUCGGUUAGGUUAAGGUGAGCUAUCGGUUAGGUUAAAGUGAGCUAUCGGUUAGGUUAAGGUGAGCUAUCGGUUAGAUUAAGGUUAGGUAUCGGUUAAGGUUAUCGGUUAGCUAUCGGUUAAGGUUAUCGGUUAGCUAUCGGUUAGGUUAAGGUUAGCUAUCGGUUAAGGUUAAGGUGAGCUAUCGGUUAAGGUUAAGGUGAGCUAUCGGUUAAGGUUAAGGUUAGGUAUCGGUUAAGGUUAAGGUUAGCUAUCGGUUAAGGUUAUCGGUUAAGGUAAGGUAAGUAUUAAGGUUCCACAGGGUUAGUUUGAGGCUGCGGUUAUUUUGGGCCAGCUUUGGUAUUUUUCAGGUCUUUUCCGGUCAGAUCGUGCGUGGUGCGCACGUGCGCGGGGCACUCCGAGACUCAAAAACUCACCCACGCGCAAAUGCGCACUAAUCGAUGACUAAAACAGAGUUUUGGAAGCCCGUAUGGGCUAAUCAUUGGCUCAGUAUAGUCCCACGCGCGUAGCCCACCUUUAGGUAGGCUACUUAACACGUCCACGCGUUCAACUUACACGUCCGCCUGCGGAGGCGCGGUUAUUGUCUUGUUGCGCUAUACACAAGACGAGAAGAUAUGUCGGCAACUCUGAGGGUUUAGAAAGGAGCCAAGCGCGGCAUAUGACGUGUCUCGGCAUUUAUUUUCUAGGGUGGGGGGGGGGGCCGUUGAAUUCCAGUCCGGACGCAGGCAGGGGAAGGGCGCGAUGGUCUAUUUAAAGAUGGUCAUUUAGCGUCGGAUAAAUAACACGGGGUCCAACAACGUUGAGUAACCGCCUCUAAACGGUCGUCAUCUGCACUCGCCGUUAAUCUACCGUUUAUCCCCCCCUUAUCUUUAUUAUUAUUAUUAUUGUUAUUAUUAGGGGGAAGGGAGGAGCGGUUAACCAGCGACGCCAUACCGCAGCAGUCCGCUGGGUAGUCGCCGCACCAGAGGGUCGCUAACUCAUAGUCGCUCCUUAACCGUCCGGACCGUGUCGGGGGCGGGGUGGUGGUGGUGGUGGUGAAAAAAAUGGGUAAAGAUUAUUAUAAGAUAUUGGGGAUUUCUAAAGGAGCUGCGGACGAGGACGUCAAAAAGGCGUACCGAAAACAAGCGCUGAAAUGGCACCCGGACAAAAACAAGGCAGCGAACGCCGAGGAGAAAUUCAAGGAGGUCGCCGAGGCGUACGAGGUCCUCAGCGACCCCAAGAAGAGGGAGAUCUACGAUCAGUACGGGGAGGAAGGUCUCAAGGGAGGAGGUGGACCCACUGGCGACGGACAGGGGAGCAACUUCACUUACACCUUCCACGGGGACCCGCACGCCACUUUUGCCACUUUCUUUGGUGGCUCCAAUCCCUUUGAGAUGUUCUUUGGGCGUAAGACCAACGGGCGUGAUGAGGAGGACAUGGAGGUGGACGGCGGUGACCCAUUUGGCUCCUUCACCAGUUUCAGCCUGAACGGGUUCCCCCGGGAGCGGCACAUGGGCCUCGGGGGUCAACAGCGACGGAAGCAAGACCCGGCUAUCCAUCACGAACUGAGGGUCUCCCUGGAGGAGGUCUUCCACGGCUGCACGAAGAGGAUGAAGAUCUCCCGCAAAAGGCUGAACCCGGACGGAAGGACCAUGCGCACGGAGGACAAGAUUCUCGCCAUUGAGAUUAAACGGGGCUGGAAGGAAGGCACCAAGAUCACGUUCCCGCGGGAGGGCGACGAGUCAGCCAACACCAUACCUGCCGAUAUUGUUUUCGUCAUCAAGGACAAGCCACACCCACAUUUUAGGCGGGAAGGCUCUGACAUUGUGUAUCCUGUGCGCGUCAGUUUACGUCAGUCACUGUGCGGCUGUUCGGUGACGGUGUCAACAAUAGACGGGAAAACUUGCAACAUGAAGAUCACAGACGUCAUCAAACCCGGCAUGAGAAAGACUGUUGCCGGCCAGGGCCUUCCCUUACCCAAAAACCCGGAGCAGAGAGGGGACCUGGUGGUGGAGUUUGACGUGAACUUUCCAGACGUUCUUCCUGGCAACGCUAAGGAUGUCCUGAAACGGCAUUUACCUACCUGAGAGGAUGGACAUGAUCAGAAGGAAGGGUGCAUGCCUGCCCCCCGCUCUCUUUACAACACACACACACACACACAGACACACACUCACACAGACACACACACACACACACACACACACACACACACACACACACACACACACACACACACACACACACACGCAAGGACAAUGCAGACAGCUCCAAGAUGGACCCCCUUCAAGCGAAUGUGCAAUUUCUAUUUUUUACCUGUUAGGCAUUUUUAUAAAUACCAUGCAUGCUGCCAAGUGGCUGUACGUGCAAGUGGAAGUAUGUUUAUAUCUGAGAGUAAACACAAUGUGAGUCCUUGCCAUGUUCACUUCAAUUUUUGUUUUGGAUUUGGCAGCAAAAGUGCAAGCAGUUACCAAAUAACGUCGGUAAUUUUGGAAAAGGUGCUGUGCAAAAGGACACAUUCUCAUACUUUUAAUUUACAUCAUUGAUAUUGGUAAAUUGUCAGUUGUUCAAGUUGACUUUCCUCUUGAAGACUCACAAGGGACUUAAGUUCUCAAAGGAUCGGUAAAGAAUCCAAGGGAAAUCUGCCAAACUACCAUAUGUAUGCUUUAUGAAACUUCAUCUGAAGAUAGUAAACUUGUACUUUGAGAAUGGAUAUUCACACUGAAUAUUUACACAUUUACUGAUCUUAUACUAUUUCAAAGUCUCCAGCAACAUACCUAUUUUUUAUUAUUCGAAUGUGAAUAUUUUGUGGCUGUUUAAGACAUACUACUAGAGUCCACUGUGUAUAUGAUCAAUAUUAAAAAUUCACCUG